CCAGUAAGUGCUGCUUCUUCCUCUUGGGGUUUUUCCACUGCCCUAUCAAGUAGCCGGGCACUCCUGUGCCUCUGGGAACCUCCGUGCCAGCAACGCUCGGCCUCUGCUAGCCUCUUCCUGGGACGUCGUCUCACCCGCAGGUGCUGGCCUGAGGUCCGUGCUGGGCAGAAAGCUGGAGGCCUCUGCGAGGAGCCCACGUGGGCCGUCUCCCGUUUCUUGUGUCUCUCGUUUCUUGUCGUUCGCUGCCCCGGCAGACCAAGCGGCCCCUCGCCGCUGCGGAACUGGACUUCUAGGUGUGCUGGCUCCCUGUCCCAUGGAGACCUGGCGGAAAGGCUCCUUCCGCAACGCCUCCUUCCUCAAGCGGCUGAGCCUGAGGCGGCCUCGAGGACUCCGGCGACAGGGCAGUGUGCUGAGCCAGGCCAGCAUGGCUGGGGGGGACCAUGAGGAGUACAGCAACAGGGAGGUCGUCCGGGAGCUUCGAGGGAGGCCGGAUGGCCGGCGCCUGCCACUGUGGGGGGACGAGCAGCCCCGGACCACCCUUCUGGCCCCACCCAAGCCCCCUCGCCUCUACCGAGAGAGCUCCAGCUGCCCCAACAUCCUGGAGCCGUCACCUGCCUACACUGCUGCCUACUCGGCUACCCUGCCCUCGGCGCUCUCCCUGGCAGACGCCCUCCACGAGUACUCGGAGGAGGACCUCGCGGACACGCCCCCCUUCCAGAAGACGCCUGCUUCGGACCUUAAUGAUCCCUUCUUCUCCUUCAAAGUGGACCUGGGGAUUUCACUUCUUGAGGAAGUUCUACAGAUGCUGAGGGAGCAAUUUCCCAGUGAGCCCGGCUUCUGAAUGGGGUGAGGGUGGAAAGAGGUGUGGUAACUGGAAGAGACGAAAGCCUGGGGACUCAGGACAGGAAGGUAGAGUUGUGGAUUAAGAAAAAGGUGCGGGUGGGAAUCCAGGGCCCUGCCUGCCCUCUGGGUCCCCCGGUCCAGGUCCUCCAGGUCCCCCGAGGGGAGGGGCAGAGGUGUGGAGACAAGCCGGAAAUGUGAGGGGCACUCGGUGCCAAGAGCCCUGAAGGCAGUAGCGAGGCUGGGAAAGGAGCCACACGGACAACUCCAGGGGCCAGGCAGAGGCCAGCAGAGGGGGUGGGUGGCACAAGGGGCGAGUCAGGGAGUGGAGGACACACAGACUGGACAGAUCAGCCCCCGCUGAAGCUACUCUCCACAGCGACAGGUUACAGGACAGGUCUAGGCAAAAGUGGUCCAAAUUGGACCCAAGGGGAGAGUGGGAAGACCUGAGGGAAGAGGGAUGGGACAGGCUUGACUCUGUCCAGUGUAGCAGCCACUAGCUACACGUGCUGUUUACAUUUAAAUAAUUGAAACAAAGUAAAAUUAAAAAUUUAGUUCCUCAGCUGCA